CUGAACACAGCCACUCAGAAGCACAGCACUCUGCCCGUCAAUACCAGAGCGGCCGCUGCGCACCUUCAAGCUUCCACGAUCCUUGGUCCCCUUACCGUGCACCGCGCGUCCCCCGAAAUUAACGUAGUGAAAAUUCUACUAGUAUUCUGUUUACGUUUUGCGAUAUAACGAAGUGAUUAUAAAACUUGUUUUAAAAAGAGUAAAAACCAUUGUGUUUUUACGAAGAAAAAGUACCGCAGGAGAUCUCAUGGCCCUUGCUAGGCCUCAUGAGUCCUUGCUAGGCCUCAUGGACCCUUGCUAAGCCUCAUGGAUUCCUGCUAGGUCUCAAGGGCCAUGGCAGGAAGACCUUUCUCAAAAUGAACCAAUUUUUUUCUAAAUCUUAACUAGAGAGUUUUCUCGUGGUUUAUUUCUCACAGGAACUCAGUGCAUUUAAACCAGAGCUUGACAAGUGGCAAAUGGCAGGAGUACCAGUGAGUACAAGUGAAGGACAGUUGGCAAGAGUACUUCAGAAGGUCCACACGGGGGCUGCCUGCUGGCAAGAGCUAUCUACAUCUACGUACUGUAGAUUAAGGUCACCGGGUCACUACCUGGAAAAGACCCAGGCCGGGACAAGACCGCCCAACCUACUACAGUAGACUGAGAACUUUCGUGUGUUAGCUGGGUGUGUGACACAAGAAUAGUGAAGUAGCGGUGAUAGUCAGACACAAUGUCAGAAAGAUCUGAGCUUCUGAGAGCUCAGAUGUGAGCCCUCGUGAGAGUGAGAGCUCAAAGUGCUGGUAAGCUGCACUUCAGAGAGUGCUGGGGGGAGGGGGAACCCUUGUUUCUAAGUGUGGGAAGAAACUCUGAAUUUGAAUUGUGGGAUUUAAAAAGAAAACUCUUGCUCUGAAGGGCACGAAACCAGGGAAGAAAGUGGCGAAAACACUUCGAAGGUGGUGAUACCACUUCAAGGCGCAAGAAAUCACUUCGAGGUACAAGAAAUCACUUCGAGGUGCAAGAAACCACUUCGGGCGUAUGAAACCGCUUGGAAGCGUUUGCGAGACGAUCUCAAAUCUGCGUGUGUUCUUGCAGACCAGCAACCAGCAUGAAAGUACCCCAUCACACACGAUCAUGGGCGCUACUGCUGUUGUUGCUGUUACUGCUGCUAUGUCCAGUCUCAGUACCAGGUAGUACUGUUACAGGAGAGGAGAGCGAGGAGGAAGAGGAGAGCGAGGAGGAAGAGGAGGAAGAGGAAGAGAAGGCCCCUCCCAGAAUCACUUGGGGGCGUGCCAACGUCAACACUGCUUACUUUGAUGAACAUUCUGAUACCAACGUCACGGCUAUUGUGGGUCUGAAGGCCACCCUUCCCUGUCAGGUCCUCAACCUCGGCACCAAGGAUCAAGUGUCGUGGAUCCGACAGAGAGAUCUUCACAUCCUGACAGUAGGAGUCUCCACCUACACCAGUGACGAACGUUUUAAGGUUCGACACCCGGAAGAGAGCAGACACUGGUUCCUGGAGAUCAGUUCAGUGACCUUUAGGGAUGCUGGAGUGUAUGAGUGCCGGGUUUCUCCACCAGUCCUAAGAUCUCUCUUUCGACACCCGGAAGAGAGCAGACACUGGUUCCUGGAGAUCAGUUCAGUGACCUUUAGGGAUGCUGGAGUGUAUGAGUGCCAGGUCUCCACCAGUCCUAAGAUCUCUCUACCUGUCCUCCUAGCUGUGGAAGCCUGCGUCACCCCUGACACCUCACACAGGGGCGGGGUGAGCGUGGAGAUCGAGAAGACACCUUCGAGGACCACCUCUAAACUUUUCCUCACACCUGCCCUCAAGGUAGACUCCGGCAACUACACCUGUAGACCAGACUGUGCCCAGCCUGCUUCUGUUAUUGUCCAUGUGGUUAAUGAUUAUGGCUGUUAG